AUGCUGCCGGUGUGGGGGGGGAUCGAAGUGGGGGGGGGAAGGGAAGAGACAGAGGGGAGGGGGCGGUGCCCGGCGGAAGGGGUCGGGACGGGAGCAGGAGCUGAGGUGGGGGCGGCUGCGGUCACCCCCAGCCCCCCCUCCGGUCUCACCCUGGCUCUGCGCCCCAUGGAUGGUGUUUUCCUCUCUCCCAACGAGGAUGAGUUUGUGGGGAGGAUCGCUGAGGAGCUGGAGCAGUUCAUGCUGCAGGGGCAGCAUCACAGGGUGCUCCUGUUCCCCCCUCUGUCCAGCCGCCUCCGUUACUUGAUCCAUAGGACCGUGGAGAACGUGGAUUUGCUGAGCAGCUUUUCGGUUGGGGAAGGAUGGAGGAGGAGGACGGUCAUCUGCCACUCGGCCGUGAGGAUUCCCAAUGAGACCAAUGAACAAAAACCCGCUGCCUCCGCACCGCGACCAUCCCGACCCACACAGCCAUGGGGCCGUGGUGCACGGGGGGCCCGGCUGCGACACGGUGGGGAUGGACAUGGGGACACAUCCCGAGCCUGUGUGGGGUCAGGCAGGAUCAGGAGGCCGCCCCGAAGGAAGCCUGAUAAAGCCAUAUACGUCCCCAAAGCGAUGAGGAAGAAAGCAGAAUGGGGGCAGCAGGAAUUGGGUGCUGAUGGGGCACGAGAAGGGGAGAUCUGCCCUAAAGCUGCACCUGAUGGGGAGGCUGAAGGUGGCCCCGAACCCAGCACAGCCAUCAGUGGUGUCUGUUUGGUGCUUGAUGAGCAGCACGAGGCUGGGGAGGAGUCGGGAAGAAGCAAUGAUGGCACAGAUAGUGACCGUCCUCCAUGCUGCACUGAUGUUAGUGAGAGCAGCAGCAGUUCCUCUUGGCAGCACAGUCAGGAGAAGGACUGUUCAGAUUCCAUCUCUUCCGUACCCAAUGAAAACCCAACUGAGCCAGAAGAACAGAACAAGAGCUGUGAUGACAAUGUUGGACCGGAGGGCAGCAAGACUCCAUGCCAGGACCAAAAGAACCACGAUGCUGACAUAGAGGGGUACAGCAAGAACUCCCACCCAUUGGGUGUGCACUGCGCUGAUGCCCUGUUGGUGCUGGAAAACCAAGAGAGGAGCUGUGCCGUGAGCCUGGAGAGCAGUGGGAACAUCUCAGUGCAAGGUGAGGACGUGAUAAACCCAGCGUUGGAGCUGGGCGAGGGUCCUUCUGGACCAGAAAGUGAAGAUCAGGAGAGCGGUGCCCAAGAAGAGCCCACCCAACACCCAUUGGAAGCACAGGGUGAGGCUGUGUCUGAGCCCAUUGGUGGUGCUGGUCCAUUGGAUCCCAAUGAGCAGGAGGAGAACAGGGCAGACAUGCCCAUGGCCAAGGAUGGGGCCAGGGAGCCCACGGGCUUGGCUGAUGCACUACAACAUGAGCUGCAGUUGCCUAAAGGGGACCAAGAGGAGAAUGUGGCCACCCAGAGCCGGGAGCUCGCCUUCGAGGAUGACUGCACUGCUGAGCUCCUGCAGGAGAUUGUGGGUCAUCUCACCGUGAAGGACAUCAGCGUCGAGAGGAUCACGUUGGAUUAUUCCAGCUAUGGUGACACUCAGGUCCAUGAGGCGGAUUUUGGGCACGUAACCGAAAUCUACGACUUCUCCCCAUCACUGAAAACCGAGCACCUGAUGGAAGUCUUCUCUGAUUUCCAUGAGAGUGGCUUCAAAAUCCAAUGGGUGGACGACACGCAUGCCCUGGGGAUCUUCUCCAGCCUGUCUGCAGCAUCUCAAGCCCUGGGACGGCGUUACCCUUCAUUGAAGAUCCGACCACUGAUCCAUGCAACAAAGCAGUCUAAAACUAAGGCACUUCAGCGACCAAAACUCCUUCAGCUUGCCAAAGAGAGACCCCAGACUGACACGGUGGUGGCAAGGAGGUUGGUGACCCGAGCUUUGGGGCUGAAGCACCAACAACAAUGCGGCUCCAGCUCUGAAGGGCUCCUGCCAGAAGGUUUGGACCAGGAGGAGGAAUGAACCAUCUCCACUGAAAAAAAAAAGCCAUGUGUAGAUGAGCAUGGCUGUGCUAUUAAACUGCAUGCAGAACAGUGAGUUGCCAUGGGGACGUUCUCUUUGCUUUCUGAAUCCGGAAGGGAAAAGGUUGAAGGAGAGGUUGAGCUCCAGAGCCCUGCAGUUUGCUCUUCGUGCUGGAGAACACCAUGCCCUGCUCUGUUCCAAACCAUCUCUGUACUCUGCAGUGCAUCAGGAAGUGUUACUUGGUAUUAAAGCCCACUAGGAGUUAUUGGGAGUGCACCAGGGUGAGGGAAGGGCAUCUCAAUUGGUCAGAGCAUCUGUGGGAGUCAGAAACUGUUCACUGUUUACUCUGUUGUCAUAUUGUUGUUAAAAUAUCCCCCAUUAGUGGUAGGCAUUGAGGUUCAGGGUUUAAAAGAAGCCUGCCUGUGUUGCUCUGUUAGAUAGCAAAGUUAUUCGUUCGUUAGGAGAAGCUAAACCAGAACUCCACAGUAGCUCAGCUUGCACAGAGCCCAGUGGCAGAGGAUGCUCCAUGAGACACCUUGAGUUGCAGCAGCAGCAAUAGAGCAUCCCCCAGACUCUGCUUUAGCUGCACUGUCCUGCAUCUCGAGAACAAAAUGGAGUUUUCCAAUUUCCAGUAGGCUGAAAAACCUCUCCUCUGUGUGUCACCAUCUUGGAAUACUCCAAUAGGCCUCAGCAAGAACCAUUAAGCCUCACAACAUCCCUGUGAGGUAGGUUUGUGGGUUGAACCCUGUGGAUUGAGAUGGUUAAUUGGCAUUACUCCAUUAGCUUUAUCUGCUUAUAGAAGCCUUCUGUAUAAAGAGGGAGAAGGAGACUUCAGUACCAGGAAUUGGGAACGAGGCCCUGAACUGUCUAGAAAUACAAAGUAGGAUUUCUUCUUCUAUUUUUUUCUGGGUGAAACAUUUUAUUCAAGUAGCUGUGUUGGAGAACCUGUAGCAAUGUAUGUCCUCAAACAAACAGAGGAGCACGCUUAGCACCAUUGUGAACUAAGUGUAAGAAAGAAAUCCUCAAUGCCAACUUAAGCAGUCAGAGCAUCCCCAGCGAUGCAAGCCAUGAUGUUACCUCUGUAAGGUACAGGGAUAUGAUGCCUUAACUAAACUCAUCCUUUAAAAGACAGAGUGAAUAUCCAGCUUAGAAGGGAACGUGUAGAUGGACGUAGGGGCUGCUGGGUGAAUUGCUUACUGUGCAGUUCAUCAUCAUGAGGUCUGCCAUGGCUUCUGGGGGGUGGUGGAGCUCUGCUGUGUGGGUGUAGAGUUCUGCAUUCGCUGCUCCAUUGGAGAGAUGGUUCUGGGUGUUGGUUGUUGAAUGCAAGAGUUUGGCUGCACUAUUAAACGAUGCUUUAGACUGUUCUGCUCAGA